AUGUCUCUCACAAGAUAUAUCCUCCGCCUCCGUGGCGCCCAACCGACCGCGCCAAUGACCAAGCGCCACUUUCUCUCAGACUGGGACGCCGCUGAGUUCGAUGAUCUCAAAUACUCGUACGGUCUGGAGGGUGUCGACCAAGUCGGCAACUACAUGUGGGUCGACACCUUCCUGUACCUGCUAAUAGGCAUCUCCGGCAUCCUCCUUCUCCUGCGGAUAUCAAACAUGUGGUGGAAACACAGCCGUCAUCUGAGCGCCAUGGGAAACCCAAAGCAAAAGUACUGGGAAGUCAACCGGACAGGCUGGUGGCCGUGGCUCAACCGCCAUGUCCUGAUGGCACCCCUAUGGAAGAAGAAGCACAACGCUCAGUUUCAGAUCAGCAGCGCCAUCGACAACGGAACGCUGCCUGGCAGAUGGCACACCAUCAUGUUGGUCAUCUACGUAGCCCUGAACGUCGCCUGGUGUGUGGCUCUCCCCUACAAGGUGCUUGACCACAAGGAGACCCUCGCCGCGCUCCGUGGUCGCUCAGGAACACUCGCCGCCCUCAACCUCAUCCCCACCGUUCUCUUCGCCCUCCGCAACAACCCACUCAUCACCCUCCUCCAAGUCUCGUACGAUGACUUCAACCUGUUCCAUCGCUGGGCUGCGCGAAUCACCAUUGCGGAAGCCAUCGUUCACACUGCUGCCUGGUUGUACAACACCAAGCUCGCAGCAGGAUGGCCUGCCGUUACAGCUGCUCUCCACACUGAGGGCUCGUACGGCUGGGGUAUGGUCGGAACCGUUGCCUUUACCUUCCUUGGUAUCCAGGCAUGGUCGCCAUUCCGCCACGCUUUCUACGAGACCUUCCUCAACAUUCACCGUGUCUGCGUCAUCGCUGCGCUUCUCGGUCUCUACAAGCAUCUGGAGCUGCACAGUCUCCCGCAAGUCCCCUGGAUGCACCUGGUCUUCUUCUUCUGGGCUGCCGAGUGGGCCUGCCGAUGGGCUUCAAUCCUCUACUACGGCAUCGGCCUCAGGCAAAGAUCGUCAAUCACUGUCGAGGCCAUGCCCGGAGAGGCUGUUCGCCUGACCAUCAACAUGGUCCGCGAGUGGACUCCUCGCCCAGGAUGCCACGUGCACAUGUGGAUGCCAGCCCUUUCCCUUUGGUCGUCGCAUCCCUUCUCUGUCGCGUGGGCUGCAACACUCACCCCAGAUUCCAAGGAGAUGACACUGCCCAUGCUCGAAGGCGAUGUCCUUGCGAUGCACGGCCGUCCCCAAAAGUCAAAGCAAAUCAGCUUGGUCUGCCGUGCGCGUACUGGACUUACCCGUCACAUGUACGAGAAGGCCUGCAAGAGCCCCAACGAGCAGUUCACCACCUUCGGCUUCAUCGAGGGUCCAUAUGGCGGCCACCACAGCCUCGAUUCCUACGGAACCGCAGUACUAUUUGCUGGCGGUGUAGGCAUCACUCACCAAGUCAUGUACCUGAAGCACCUCGUCAACGGCUACAACAACGGAACCACCGCAACACAAAGAAUAGUCCUGAUCUGGACAGUCCCCACAUCCGACUGCCUGGAGUGGGUACGGCCCUGGAUGGACGAGGUCCUCCGCAUGAAGGGUCGCAAGCAAUGUCUCCGCAUCAAGCUCUUCAUCUCAAGACCCAAGGGUCGCGUUGAGAGCAGCAGUGAGACAGUCAAGAUGUACAGUGGUCGUCCGCAACACGCAGCCUUGAUCGAAGAAGAGGUCAAGAACCGUGUCGGUGCUAUGGCUGUCACAGUGUGCGCGUCGGGCGGUAUGGCGGAUGGCGUAAGACAUGCGGUUCGACCGUUUCUUACGCAAGGUAGCGUUGAUUUCAUUGAGGAGGCCUUCACAUACUAA